AUUUGUAGCAGAGCAACCAACCGGGAGGAAAAGAAAAACUAAACCACGCAACUUCUGAAAGACAUCUUUGUUCCUUUGUUUAUAACAAAUAAUUGGUGUGAAGACGUGCUGUGAGCGGAACUUUGGGAGGAAAAUUUUACAGUUCUCUUCGUAAAAGGCUGCAGUCAGACGGAAAACUGACUUGGGCGAAAUUGCUCGUCAUAAUGAAGCUCUUGAUCGCUUUAUUUGCCUUGAUAUUGUUUUGCGCAUGGAGCGCUAGCCAGAUUCUUACACCGUGUCCAGACCAAUGCGUUUGCGAAGAACAAUUCUUCGAGGAAUCUCGUGGAGUGGGGGCGAAGGUGAACUGCUCGGGAAGACGUCUAAAGAAAUUUCCGUGGCCUCUGCCGCAGCUCACUACAACAUUGUAAGUUGACCCUAAACGUUCCUAAUUCUUAUUGCCUUAAUGCCUCAUUCCAUCUGUUUAUCGCCACAAGUCGGACAAACAUUACAUAACCACUAAAAAAAACUGCCGCAAUCAAAAGCCUUUGAAUGAAAUCGUCAAAUGGGCCGCUUUCAUCCUACUCAUAACUUAGAUUUGCCCUCUAAAUGCUUAGGUUGGAAGUGAUAGCGUGAAAUAUAUUGAGACAUGCAUUUUGAGUAUUUUGCCUCUUAUAAAGGGAUUAGUCAUUUAGUGUGUAUUUGCAAUUGAGUACGUGUUUGGUUGCGUAAUUGAUUGCUUUUCGUCACUUAUCAAAGGUUCAAUUUACAAGGAACUAUUCAAUUUGGAAUACAAGAGACCUUUUUAUCGUCUCUUACAGAAUAUUUUUAUGGAAGGAGUCAGCAUUUGAGGGGCUUCAUAAAAAUUACCCGAAGGGAAAUACACAGUACUCAACAACUUUAGGGUGAAUUGCAUUUUCCACAAUCGCGGCUGGCAUACUUGAAUCGUAUAAAUGAAAUUGCAGGGGAGGGAACUGAUUUUACCUGAUGACACUUUUUAAAAGCUAAAUAUGUCAGCAACUUUCAACACGUCACUCUCUAGCACCUCAACAAUCAUUAGUAUUAUUUUCAUGGUACAGUAGAAGUUCGAUAUAACGAACCUCUUUAUAACGACGUCCUCUGAUAUAACGAACGAUAUUUUCUGCCCCAGUUACAGCAAAAUUUAUGGAAAAGAACCUUGAAAUAACGAAACCUCGUAUUAGCAAUCGUAUUACUAUACUUGUCUUGACCCUUCGUUAAUCGAGGUUCCACUGUACUCAAACAUUUUACUUUUACUGGGGCAGAAAAUAUCGUUCGUUGUAUCGAGGUCUUCGUUAUAUGGAAGUUCAUUAUACUUGUAUUCUAGGUAGAACGUAUUUGGUAGAGCGCUCAAUUCAUUUAAUUGAAGAGCAUUGACUAUUAAUAAUCACAGGAGUUCAGGCUUCAAGAGUAAUCAUUGAUCGUUUAUUGCGACAGUACUUUUUCGUAUGGUCCGAAAUUGUAGGACCACACUCAUGAGGCAGCUUCAACAUCGAGGUUUUACUGUUGGAAAUGAAGCACAGCCUGAAAGGGUACCUUUUCCACAUGUUUUUCAGGUUUAAAUUACCCGAUACCGUAAAUCCUCUAUUAACUCCUCCAGGAUCUUAUUUAUUUCAAACAUGUUUGAGGGGAGGACUUGAUAGAGACGGGGGGCUCAUUAGAGAGUGGGGCUUAUUUAAUUUAACGGAAAUGGUGGUAUCAGGUCUCCAUAGAAAGCUAGAAUACAAAGUGGAAAAGCUCAAGUACAAGAGGUUUGAGGUCACGUAGCCGAAGAUCAAAAAUAAAUCCGAACUUCCAACACGUGAAUAAACUAUCGCGGAUCAGUCUAAAUGACGUUUUAUAGUCGUGAUUGAUUUAUACAGUCAUUUAUCAGUUAGUGAAGAAUAAUACGUUUGAGGGGAGGGGGGUUAUUCACUUUCUUCCCAUGAAAAGGUAGGAGAAGUACUUAUUAGAGGGGGGCUUAUUUGAGAGAGGGGAUUUAAUAGAGGAUUUAUGUUAUAUGAAAGGGUAGGGAUUCGAAUUCACUAGUUGUAGUAUAUGAAAAGGCAUGAAAAUCUGUCAGCAAUUCGGUUUGUAAAAGGACCUAAAAAGGCCAACAGACCCAUCUCGUUGUUGUGAAAUUAAAACGACGUCCUUGUUUUUAUCAUGUCUUUCUGUGCGAGAAUUGGUCGACAAAGCUGGAACGGGAGCGAAAAAGAGCUACGUAGGCUACAACAGCCCGUGUUGAAAUUAAAAUAGACACAUAAACCAAGGCGUAGUUUUGUACCAUUUCUGGUCUGGAGUAAGAGCUUGAAAUUUAGAAACAAGUAAUGGCUCUUACAUCACAUCUCCUGAUAGAAUAGAAACGGGAUAUAGCAAUUUGAAGAAAGUAGAGAGCUGCAAGUUGGCUAGUAUAGAUUUAUUCACGUGGCCUUCGUUUUUCUUGAACAUCACUAGGCUUCUCCAGAAUAACAGGAUAUCAAGGCUUGAAGGAUGGCAUUUUAACAAUAUGGUCUAUUUGAUGGAGCUGUAAGUAAAUUCAGUUUAUUCUUGUACCUUUGAAAAAGAAAAAGCCCUGUUUUUUAAGUCAAUAUGUUUAUCGGUAUCUAGUAAACCAUUACACGACCACGUUCCUCCAAAACCGAUAAUGUUUAAGAUAUUGCACUCCAAAAGAUAUUUUUCUUCUUAACUCCAAUACGCCGUUUCCAAAUUGGGUCAGCUUAAGUAUUAAACUCACUGAACGAGCAAUCUGUAAUUAACUCGGCCUCUCCUUUUUGUUAGAGUUGAUAGGGAAAACCUUACUUAAAAAGCGCAUUCGCGCUGUUCAAUUUCUCUUAUUCCAUCUCGUUCAGUUUGUCAAAGUUUAGCAAACUUUUCUGGAGUUGAGUUCUAAUAUCCUGCGUCCCAGACGUAAUCUAACCCCUCAAAUGUGUGUUAAGUUCCGUUUUUAUGGAGAAAACCUGUCCCGGGUUUCGGGUCAACCUCCCAGCCGAAUUGAGAUUUGCUCGAGCAACAGCGCUCGCGCUUGCUCUGAUUGUAUCACUAUGAAUGACUUGACCCAGUUGGGCGAGCCAAAGUGGUUAUAUGGAGAAAAGAUCGCCCAGAUUGGAGAGUGGUCCCACCAUCACAAUGCAAAAGACGGGUCAUCCUUCUAGCCGAUCAGCGAACGUCUUGUUUGUCAUCUAAACGUUCGCCACGUUUUGUAAGGAAUGUAUGAAGAGUUGGCUCGCCCAGGGACAACUUUUCUUCUAUCACAUAAGCGAAACCUUAGAGAGAUGACCUAUAGUAACUGAUUAACUGAUUUUCUUUCAAACUUAUUCAUGAAAAUCGAUAAUCGGAUAAAUCAAGGUUUUUUUUUUCUUUUGCUAUUUUCUGUUUUCCAAAUCUCCAGAAUAUAUUUUAUGCUAUGUUUUUUUAAUCACUAACGUAGCGUUUCUUCAAAGUGACAAUUUUAUGUAUGAAGGGCGGGAAUUUUUAGACUUAUGAUCAAACACGUACUGUGAAUGUUGACGAGGUAAAAUUAGCCUGCGAGCAAGCUCUCCUAUUUGGGCAAGCGAAGCGAGCCUCGCGAGAACGCUCCGCCGCUCGCUUGCGCGUUCUCGCGCGGCUCGCGCGGCUCGCUUUGCUCGCCCAAAUAGGAGAGCUUGCUCGCAGGCUAAGGUAAAAUGUGUUUAAAAAGUCUCCGGAGUAUUGCAGUACGGCUUUUAUUGGUUGAUUUUUCGGUCUUUCGCCUAAAGACGUGCUUGAUUAAAAUUCACAGAACAAAAACAAACAAACAACAAAGUUGAAGAACUUUACACGAUUUAGUUAUGCAUACAUUAUACAUUUAUUGUGGAACUGAAGUACGCAGAUCAAGCGUCAACUUGCCUUCAGGAUACCGAUAUCUCAAAGUAAAUUUCUUAAGUAAAGAACUUACAAGAGAAAAGAAAUGAUUUAGCUCGACGAAAGUACAGUGUCAUACCGGCAAAACAUAUGCCAACAUAAUAGGCAGUCCAAAUUUUUGCGGAGAAGUAUGGGUAAGUUUAUCUGUUUUGUUGUUUAUUCUAAACUUGACAAGCAAUCGCCUUUUGGAGUGGACUGUUUAUUUGGCAUUUUCUAGGUUUUAAACUUCGUGAUUCGUUACUUUUGGAAUGAGUUUUGAUUGGUCGGCAGUCUGUCGUUCGUUUUAGGUUUAAAAAUAUUUCUCAUAUUUUCUUUGAAAUUGUGUAAAUUUGACAAUGAAUUACAAAUCAGGAUAACCGUUUCAUGCUCAAUAUUAUGGACUUUAAGGAACGACUACGGAAGCGUCUUGUGCGGUGACCAGAAGUAAUUUUUCCUGCCAUUUGUCAAUGCCUCACGACAGCAGAAAGUACUUCGUCUUUUAAGUAAAAAAGAACUUGCGUUCUUUCAAUCUUUUUCGCGCUUAAUUAUUCCACCUCACUUUCUUUGCAAAUAUAGGCAAACUAGAAAGAGAUAAAAUUUUGUCGUCGCUUGUUUACUUCAUCUUAAACAAAACAUGAAAUUAUAUUUUUAUACGCAGUAGUCUUGCAGUGAAAGCAAAACAGUGCAAAAAUUGUGAUGCACGUGCAAAGUAGUUGAUUUGCUGAUUAAACCUAGUCAGAUGUAGCCGUACUAGGCUCCCCGAAUACGUAGGAGAUCAUGGUGGGCCGUAGUGUGAAGUACGUAAGCAUUUAGUUGCAUUUUUCACGCUUAGUGUCCCAGUGUUUAAAACAGAAUUGCACGACAUACGCAUUUUAUUAUUUUUUUCGUUAUCCUCGGUACCAGGCACGACAUCCAAUUCGCAAAAUUUCAGCCAUAAAUACACAAAAUAACAAACUGUAGUAGACGGUUAAGAUGAUACACUUGAGUAAGUGGUGUGAAUAACCGAGGGCUGAUAAAAGAAAAGGAAAACUCGAAAACUUCUGCACAAUCUGCAUCACACUCAUUUUUGGUACAUUUCCUUGCCGCCAGGCUAGAGGUAACUGCGCAUGCACGACUUCAACUUCAAGAGAGUUCGCUUACAUUUGAAAAGUAAAUUAGUUGGAAUGAUCGCGAUAAAGACUCAGAAAGUAAUGUGAAUUCACUUUUUAAGCGUUGUUUUCCCCGCUAUUGCAGUCGUGGUAUCUUUAACUUCUUACUUGAGGCAUAUUUGACGCCUGGCGGGAAAAAUUACUUCAGGCUACGGUACCAGACGCUCCCGUAGUCAUUGCUUAAAGUCCCUAAUAAGGGAGCGUCAGCAACGAGAAUGCUGACGUCCCAGACGUCAUGAAUAGUAACAGGAGGUUCGAUUUCUUGCUUGAUAGAACGCGUCUGCCUCACACCACGAAUGUGAAUGCCUUUAUUUUAACUCCCGCUGUACGAGUCAGAGCACUGAAAGAGAGAAAAUAUCAACUUCCGGUUGCCAUUUUUGACGUCCGUGACGUCAACGUUCUCGUUGCUUAAGGUCCCUAUUAUUCUUUAUAUCAAGUGUUUGUCAGCUUUAAUCAGUUUUCCAUUGGUCUCUCAGACCCUGAGCUCCCCUGAAUUUUAAGUUUGAUGAAUUUUACUUGGUACAAAAGUUCUUGCAAGUCAUUUAAUAAGUCCCUUUUCACGAUGACGAUUUUGACGAUUUUGAUGCCAUCGUGCAAUUUCACGAUACCUGCCAUCUUUGCACGCGCUUAGGGAAUGGGGGAUACGCUUACGGACUGAUGUGAGAAAAGCGACGUUACGUGGGUUCUCUAGGGGCAAACAAGAGUUAAAAUUUGCCAAUACUAGUAAUCUCGGGUCGGGUUUGUUUAUUCUAGACAACAGAAAAUGAACAACUUUUUAUCGUAAAGACGAUAAUGGAAAAUUAUUGGUGGAAGUGAUCAUUCAAUACAUUUUUGGAAGCAGUAGCGACAGUAGAUGUCUUCGUUGCAAGUAAUAAUGACGUAAAACUUGCUGAAACUCGAACUGUACGUUUUGCAUGACUAAAAUCGUCUUCUUGUUUUGAGAGUAUAAAAAAACUCUACCUCAAUUACUCGUAAUGCCAAAUUUUUAUCAGUUGCUUGUUCCCUGAGACCUAGGCCAAACUUCGAACUUUUCAUGAAACGAACGAUAUAGUGAGUAUAUACUGAGUUAAAUUCAUGAAAAGAUCGACGUCUGGCUCAGUUAAGUUCCUCUUAUAAAAAAAUGAGUUUGGACCGUCCAACACGUUCAGUGCGUCUAAAGAUCUUCUCCGGGACAAACGUCGAUCUUCAUAUGUGACGAACUAAACCAAUAAACUUUAUGAUGUAUAUUUAGCCUCAGUCGAGAGAAAAUAUAUUAAAAUUACUUUUUGGGCUGCUUCAGUUGAUUGGUUCGACGCUUUCUAAGUUCGAGGUCUGACCCAACAGAUGAUCUUCACUUAAUUCACUCAAAUGAGAGUUUGGUUCGUCUCAUGAAUAGUUCGACGUUUGGCCUAAGUCUGAAGUACCACGUGACAUUGCUUUCAUCCCACCAAUCCUAAAGCGCGUGCAAAGAAGGCUGAGUAUCAAGACCUUAUUUAAUUGGAUAAUAUGCCUCCUAUAUAUCAAUGACUUUUUAAAUUGACUUUCAGACAUCUGGAAGGAAAUCGAAUCAAGAAAAUCAGACAAGGAUCCCUUGGAUAUCUUCCUUCCCUUCAUACUCUGUAAGCUGAGAUAAACAAAACUUGGUCGUGCUUUUUUGUGCAUCAGUAGCCCUAGAGAAAACACCAUGAAGGCGAUUUCUGCCAUACAAGUUCCCCUAACAGAGAUGUUAACUAUCAAGCCAUCCUCCCUUUUCCACUACUGCCUUGGCUAGUUCCCAAGUGCGUCCGAUUCCUCUUUGUGGUUCUUACCAUUUUUUAGUGUUGACCACAAGCAUUGGUUUUCUUGAGAAUGCGUUAAAGGCACGAGGAACGAGAGACCACGGUUACCUUUCCACUUGCCUUUUAAUAUUUCUUUGUAAUCUACUUGCGCACCUGCUAUAUCGCGAUUUAGUUUUUUUGAAGCCUACAAUGAUGCUACUUAGACUACCAAUCUCCGGCCCGGAGAAUCCAAGUUGAUUUGGCCGGGAUUUGGGUGUUGUCGUGGAAGAAUGAAACUGAAAUAUUUCAGAAAUUUUCACGACUCACACCAAGCAUGUAUACGCUGCGAAAAUCCAUUCCCACAUACUUAUUUGUUUUUUUCAUUUAAGGUACCUACAGGACAAUCGCAUUGAAGAAUUAGCUUUUGGAGUAUUCAGGAACUGUUCGAGGCUCAAGACUUUGUAAGUAGAGUACAUGGCAUUGCUGAAACGAAACAAUGGUAUCAAUUGGCGAUGACGAUGAUGAUAAUGAAGAUGAUGAUGGUGGUGGUGGUGAUGAUGAGGAUCAUGAUGAUGAUGAUGAUGAUGAUGAUGAUGAUGAUCAUGAUCAUGAUCAUGAUCAUGAUGAUGAUGAUGAUGAUGAUGAUGAUGAUGAUGAUGAUGAUGAUGAUGAUGAUGAUGAUGAUGAUGAUGAUGAUGAUGAUGAUCAUGAUGAUGAUGAUGAUGAUGAUGAUGAUGAUGAUGAUGAUGAUGAUGAUGAUGAUGAUGAUGAUGAUGAUGAUGAUGAUGAUGAUGAUCAUGAUGAUGAUGAUGAUCAUGAUGAUGAUGAUGAUGAUGAUGAUGAUGAUGAUGAUGAUGAUGAUGAUGAUGAUGAUGAUGAUGAUGAUGAUGAUGAUGAUGAUGAUGAUGAUGAUGAUGAUGAUGAUGAUGAUGGUGAUGAUGAUGAUGAUGAUGAUGAUGAUGAUGAUGAUGAUGAUGAUGAUGAUGAUGGUGAUGGUGGUGAUGAUGAUGAUGAUGGUGAUGAUGAUGAUGAUGAUGAUGAUGAUGAUGAUGAUGAUGGUGAUGAUGAUGAUGAUGAUGAUGAUGAUGAUGAUGAUGAUGAUGAUGAUGAUGAUGAUGAUGAUGAUGAUGAUGAUGAUGAUGAUGAUGAUGAUGAUGAUGAUGAUGAUGAUGAUGAUGAUGAUGAUGAUGAUGAUGAUGAUGAUGAUGAUGAUGAUGAGGAUGAGGAUGAGGAUGAUGAUGAUGAUGAUGAUCAUGAGGAUCAUGAUGAUGAUGAUGAUGAUGAUGAUGAUGAUGAUGAGUAGUCAACCUGGUACACCCUAAAGUCUAGUCUACCCUUAAGGUCCUUUUUCAACUUUGUGAAACUUUCUAAAAUUACACCCUCUCCUGCACCCACUUCACAUAACAAAAUCGUUAUUUUUUUCAGGUGUUUUUGGGUGUAAUCUUUGAGUGGUUUGAAAAAUAGUUCGGGACAAAGCGUCUAUUCAUUCUGAAAGGAUUUCACAAAUGGUUACUGAUUAUUCUUUUAACAGGAAUCUCGCAAGGAAUAAGCUUCCGAAACUUACUUAUGCUGCAUUUGAUGGUUUGGAUCAACUAGAAACCUUGUAAGUGAACAAAAGCAAUCUAAGUUAAUUACAGGAUGGACAUUACUGGAAAUGCUUUUAUAGACGCCAGGGUCAUUCAUUUAUUUUGGGGGGUCCAAGAGUGGGCGUUUAGUAGAUAGAAAAGAGAGAUAGGUGUUUAUUUCCAUAUCGUAGCAAUCUCUACAAAACUAAUAUGCUUUCCGCGGAAAUAUAAAGAGAGUUCAUAUGAAGCAGAAUGUCGGGUUGAUCAAUUGAUACGUCAAGACUGUCUAGAGAUCCAUAUCGCUCUUUCACAUCUCAACUACCAUGUCAGAACUCUAAUUCAGGGUUAUAUUGCUGUCAUCGUUAGUCUAUCCUUACUCUAGUCAAACGUGACAUGGAACAAGACGCAAUGCGCCUUAUUAAUCAAGGAAGAAACUGAAUUUUUUGGGGGGUAGAUGUCACAGGGGGGCUUCUAUAAGACAGGGGGCCUUCAUUAAAGAGGGGCGUCCAAUACAUUAAUCAGGGUUAAUAGACAAGAGGCGUUUAUUUGAGAGGGGGGCGUCAAUUAGAUCAUUACGGUUAGGCCCAAGGAUCAUAUCGAUUACCUUUGUAAAAGAAUGUUGCUGUAGAAACAACGCUUGAAUUUCCUCUUUUGUUUGUUUGUUUGGUUGUUUUGAUCAAGGCUCUACUUUUUGCCUGCGCGAAAGACUAUAGAGAAACAUUUUUAAAAACAAGGGCAGCAUGAGUCUCGUUUUAAAAUCAUGAAGUUCAGUGGAGUCCUUUUUAUACUUAACGAAAAUUGGGUAAUUGCACAGUUAUUAGGACCUUAUCGAUUUUUAAAUUUAGGGUGACUAACGUUAGGCAACGAGUUGAUUCAGUAAAUAUCUGGACGCUUGUUAUAUAAGAAGUCAGUCUCAUCUUUAGUUUUGUUUAUAGAAAUGGCAAAAACGUAAUCCUGUUACACAGUUAGAGAUUUCUUAAAAACCAUAAAGUUGCGCUUUUUGCGCAGGCUGUCUUAUUUACUACUUUGGCCUACUUACAGCUAUAAAUUGCUUUAAGUAAAAAACGAAAACCGUUUUUAGUGGCGUUUAUUUCAUUUUUGCCAUAAUACCACCUCCAUGUCUUAAUCAUUUAAAGUUUUGCAUUUUAUUUUAGCCAGACAAGAUGCCUCUUUCAAAUAAAGAGUUUUUUGAACUGUUUUCUCUCUAAGGGACCUGAGUGGUAACGCCAUUAGCACAUUAGAAGAUGGGACAUUUGUAGGUCUCCAUCGUCUUCAAACUUUGUGAGUAUUUCAUCGAGCAAAGCAACAUUUUCAAUCCAUAAAGUCACUAACUGGCAUACCCCAGCCCUCUAAAUUCACCAGAAGAGAAGCCCUUUCGUAAAGGAGUUUUUGAAACUACAGUGGAACCUCGAAUUGACGAAGGGUUAAGGGAUGGGCCAAAUACCUUCGCUUAAACAGGGUUCUUUUUCCAUACAUUUUACUAUAACUGGGGCAGAAAAUAUCGUUCGUUAUGGUAAGGACUUCGUCAUAUGGAGGCUAUAUAAAGGUUCGUUAUAUCAAGGUUCCACUGUAUUUAAACUUUUUAGACGUUGACAAGGUUUGAAUAUCUUUCAGACUGAUCGAUUGUUUAGAAAUAGCCGGCUUUUUCGUUUUCGUUUUCGUUUCGUUUUCCUUCGCGUAAUCGCCAUGUUGAAACCGCCAUGUUAAAUUCCAUAUCUACUCUCCCUAAUCUUCCUCUUUAAAAAUAUGGCGGCUACAGCGUUACUUACAUGAAUGAACUUUACCUCGCCCCCAAGAUACACCUGCAUUGCAGUCUAAUUUACACUCUUUUUCGGUACCCGUCCAAUGCGAUAAAACCUCCCCUAAAUUGAUAACUUAAUUCAGUGUAUAUAAUUUCUGUUGAUUUCUUCACUUUGCAGGUUACUGCACUCGAAUCAGAUUACAAAUAUUGGUGCUUACCUGUUUGCAGACGUCUUCUCUCUUACGUCACUGUGAGUAUGCGAGACUGGAACUAAGAAGCAUCGUGUACACAAAACUAGGCGCCUUCCACUUACCAAAAAAAAACAGAAAUUCCAGUAGUGAUGAAAAUUGACACACAUGUUUUUUGGGCUUUCCAAUUCAAAACGCUCGGGAACAAGUAGAACUUUCAAAAGAAAGUCUUUUUUUUUUCUGCUGGAAACUAUUCUAGUAAAAAUCCGUGUUCAAUUUACCAGUUUUCACAAGGUCUCAUUAUUUCAAGGCUAUUCAUGGGCGUAUCUGUACGGCCACUUUGAAUUUGGGCUACAUUAACACUUAGUUGUCACUUAGGGCAAAAUCUUAGCUUAGGGAGGGGUAGGUGGGAAGUCGAGCUUUAUUUGUCGCUCCCCAUGUAAGGGAAUCCAGAUUCCGGAAUCCGGGAAAUUUUAGCUGGUGGAAUUCGGAACCCUGGGCUUUGGAAUCAGGAAUACAGCUAAAGGAAUCCGGAAUCCCACUGAGAUUACAAAUAUGGUCCGGAAUCCAUGGCGUGGAAUCCAGAAUUUUAGAUUGUUCUGGUUUUCCCUGCAUGGGGAGAUUGGUCUGUUAAAUGUUUGUCUUUGCUUUCUACAAAAAUUGAGCUUAUAUGCAAUGGAAAUUCCUAGUACUAUAUGUGUUCUCAUAGAUCGUUCUUGGUCCGACUGUACUUGUGUUCUCUUUAACGUGUUAUAUGCCAAAAAUAUUUUACUCUAUUAUUUCAAACUUCUCUUCUUUAGAUAUCUGUACAAAAAUCGCAUUUCCGUCAUCGAGAAAGACGCCUUCUCCAGGCUUUUGUCUCUCAAAAUUCUGUAAGUAAUCCUUGUAGUUCAGAUGGCUUGAGAUUGGGAUAACUAUAAGGGCAGUUAACACUGUUAAGUGGCAGAAUAUACUCACUAUAUAUAAAGCUUGUUUACACUCUACGAUUAAUUGGUCUGAUUUAGGGGGAAUCCCUGAAAAAUCAGCCUAAUUCUCACCAAAAUUCACUGCAACAGAUUUUAGAAAGUUUUUUAACCAGGCGCUUUCCUCUAAACAGAAAGAUUGACCUGAUAAAUCAUAGGAUGCAUGUGUGCACGAUCGUGUCAACAAAUCGUGUGGACUAAACCGGGCUUAAGAUAUACACUAUUUCUGAUAUGUAUCACAGGUCGAAAAGAGAGGAUAAAUUACCGCUCUUGUAUACGCAUAAAGCUUAGGUAAGUUAAAACUUGAUAAAUCUUUUUGUCCAUUGAAACUAGGUCUCUUUCUGACAACAAGAUAACCAGAGUUCCUCAAAGAAUGGUUAAAGGGCUUAAAAACCUCGAGGAAUUGUAAGUAUCAAUCUUAUAAAGACAACUAUAGGUUAGGCUGCAAUUAACCGUAAUCAUUUUUGAGUAUAAUUUUUUUAUAGACCUCUAGGUAAAAAAAAAUUCUCGCUAUAAAACAUUUUCAAAUAUUUUUCAAAUAUUUAACCAGUGAUAACAGAGAUAUAUAGUGAUAUUCACUGUUUACAAACAUUGUUUCCGGCGUUCAAGUGUGUAACGAAAGAAAAAAAGAAUAUUUUGCUUUAAGAACGAAUGCACUACCUGCUGAUAUCAAUGGGUGAUGUCAGCGUGAGCGUCUCUGUUUGAUAAGAGCUCUGUGAAAUAGUCACCUGCCAGGACUUUGCCUGAAUUGAGUAAGAUCUUUUUUUAGCAUGCGCUGUACGUUGCGCUGCAUGUUGCUAGGAUACAUUCCGUGCGCUUUGUACAACGGGCUCAGUUAUGACCAUUGGCUCAUCAAUAAACAGAUGCACGCGGUGCUUGCACGAAGGAAAAUAAGAUUGACUACUCCAGAAGUUCGGGCUAUGGCGACUUCAAAGGCUUGACGAGAUUCAGGCAGAGCCUCCUUUCUCCUCCUCGAUCAAGCAAAAGAAAAAAGGAGGUUCUGCUUAGAGAAUGUGAAAUAGUAAAGCUUGUCCCCAUGUUUCAAAAGCAUUGAUACCACGGAUUUGGCAAAUGCCAGAUGGCAGUCAUGCCUUUUCAUGGAAUUGAUCUUUUGAUCUUACAGAACUCAAAUGGAACACGUAUACUGAGUCUUUCCCUCUCUUUUCCUAGGUACCUUCACCGCAACAGGAUCAAUGAAAUUGAACCGUGGACAUUCACAGCAACCAAAAAGCUAAGACAGCUGUAGGUAUUAAUUUUUGCUGAAUUGUUAUAACUAACACCGUGAAUAAAUCGAAAAAAAAAACUGGUGGACUCAAAUUUUCGCCCGACCUACAUUCAAUGGAUUUCACCCGUUAAAAUGGGUUUUUAACCGAAACCCAUUUAGGGGUAUAAAAUAAAGUUGUCGCAACUUUUAUUUAACAAAUAGAUUGCAUGUUGCCGUGCGUCUGUUCAGUAAUAGAUCACAAAUCGUCAAAAUGUGGUAAAAAUAAAGAAGUGGCACACGAGCCGCAGGCGAGUGUGUCAAUGAUGUUUUUACCACAUUUUAACGUCUUCUGUGAUCUAUUACUGUACAGACCUACGGCAACAUGGAAUCUAUUUGUUUUAUACAAUGAUCAGAAAAGAAAAAAAGAUCGUUACACAUAGCUGCCUUGUGCCGCUUGACUGUUCGAGGAUAUAAUCGUUCUAGUUUAGGCUUUUUUUAAGUCCCAAACGCGAAAAUAUUUUGCAAAACAGCGGGUUCGAGUCUCUCGUAGCGACGACACACGAUGGAAACUCUUGUGAAGAUUUCUUGGAGUUUAGACAUUCUCAAGUUGUCAAGAACUCUUUUUGUCUCGAUUUCUCCAUUUUUCUCGUUAGCAAAUAGCUCCUGCUAACUUUUUUUCCAAGGCUUUCACUUGCUCAAUCCGAAAUAAUCUCACAAAUAUUUUCAAAACCCUGCGCGAUGUUGGACAAAACAAAGAAAACAAGUUUCCCGUGACAUCAUCCAUGUAUCUUUACUCUAAUAGAUCAUGAGUAAUGACCAAUCACAGCGCACGUAGCAUUCACAUUAUUGUAUAAAUUGCUUUAUUGCAUGGACUUGUUUCCAUCGAGCUGUUCUUUUCUUUUCAGGUAUUUGUACUCCAACUUAUUGACGUUUAUACCCGACAACAUGUUUGAGGAACUCUACUCACUUCGCGUCCUGUAAGGCAAUUACAAUGUGUUUAGCACUAAUUUUCUGUAAAUAAACCUUAAAGCUUGAACAUUAGUUUUUACCUAACAUUUUGCUUGCGGUUGUGUCCGAAAUGGAAUUUAUCAAAAUUUUCAACAGAGCGUUUUGACAUGACGUCACGGCGAGAGGGAAAGCCGUCCAUUAGGGGUUUUUACAUGACUCCACCAAAAUUCAAACUAAGAAAUCAUCGAUUCUACUGAGUUUCUACUUUUGUGAGAUAAUGCAGCACCUAAAAACCUUUGUUUACACAAAUUUUCGGUUCCAAAGGGUUCUUUGUUUUGCGAUAGAAGACGCUUGAAUUUCAAGGCUUUUGCGUGACGCAGCAUUUAGCUGGCGGCCGGGAAAGGCAGUACGUGGGUUAAAAACGUUACUGAUUUUUUGAAAUUUUACUACCUAAACAUUCCUUGCCUUAGAACAAAUAUUAAUUUAAUCUUUAUGAGUUCUUCAAGUGAUGAAUCCACGCAUAAGUAUGAAAACGCAAAAACAGAUGUUUCUGUUAGUUUCCGGCGGCCAUAUUUGUGCCCCUCAAAGGGACACCAACAAGGUGUCUCCAUACAAAGCUUUAUAAAUUUGGGUAAAAUCUCUCAAAUGAAUUAUCUCACAGAUCUGAUUCUUGGCGAGGAUUUUUGUAUAUUUAUCUUCUUUCACUUUUAUUUUUGAUAGUGUGACAGUGAAAACACAGAAUAGGCAAAUGGUAACAGAGCGAUACAGAUAUACUCCAAUAAGAUAAUGAUGAUAGGAAAGCUUUUGAACGUUGUACGCCAUCAGGUCCAUAAAAACAUAUCAACAAAGGAUUCUGACGUGGCUUCAUAUAACCAUUCCACUCUAUUCACUAAGAUUGCGCUUAGCCUUUACCGCCUAUGCCAUAUUAAUAAUCUACACUGUUGCUUGUUCACUGCGUAUUGUUUUUACGUUGUUUUUAACCUUACUAAUGUUUUUUUUUCUUUCUUUAGAUUAUUAUUAUUGUUGUUGUUGUUGCUGCUGCUGUUGUUUCCACUCAUUUCUUUCAUCGUUUUUUCAGUUAAUUUCAUUUAGUAACGUCUGUUGUUUUCUUUUGUCGCAGACAUCUGGGUAUUAACACUAUCACAUAUAUAGCAGACGACGCGUUUCGUGAUCUUGGGAAUCUGAACCUCCUGUAAGUUUUUCAAGCCUGUCUGGCUAUUACUCAUCAUUAACUCUUGCUUCAGCGUUAUCGAUUUCAAUUCAAAAGAUUAUCUUUAUAUGGCUCGCACCAUGUAAGAGAAUCCAAGGCAGUCGUGGAUUCUGGAUUCCACACCCUGGAAUCCAUAUUCCAGGUAAUUGAUUCCAGUCUUUGUCAGUGGAAAUUGGAUUCUAAAUUCCAAUCUUGAGUGGGAUUCCAGAUUCCUUGAGCUCUAUUCCGGAUUCCAAAGCCCAGGAUUCUGUAUUCCAGAAGCAAAACUUUCCCUGAUCCUGAAUUCCAAAAAAGGUUUAAAAUUUCCCGGAUUGCGGAAAAGGGAUUCCCUUACAUGUGGCGCAUAACGAGAAAGAGAGGAUCUAUCCUUAUUCAUGAAACAACUUACAUUUAUUCAAUUUUAGGUACCUGGAUUCCAAUCAUCUAACUCUCCUCAAUUCUAAGACAUUUAACGGCCUAAGAAGUCUCAAGGAUCUGUAAGUAUUAAACCCUUUUUAUCCUGUUCGAAAUACGGAUACCAGCACUACUCUAGUCACUUGCUUUUAACUAGUUUAAUGACGUACAAAAAAAAACUCACAGCAAAGAGUACUAGCCAGAGGUCUCGAAAGUUCUAGAGUCCAAGUGAAUAAAUAAAAUGUCUUGCAUGAUGAGGUUACUAAAGUUACAGAUCAUUUUACAACUGAAGCCGUGUAUACUUAGUACUUGAUUAUCUGUUAAAAAGGUGGACUGAUAAGAAAAAUAUUGAAUGGAUAUGGUAGAUGUUGCCAGUGGUUUUAUAAAAUAAAAUUUUGCUGCUUGAGUGUGUUGGCUAAAGUAGCACUUUAAAUUGAAUAGAAAAUAGAGUUGGCCUCCAACAAACCACCACGACAACAAUGAAACCUUUUUAAUUUCCAAAUGCUCAGUUAUUUUGUUUGUUUUUGCUUUGCGUUGUUGUGUUUACAUGUGAUGGAUUUCCUUUUCAGUCAUAUAUUCUUCAACAACAUUUCAUAUGUCGGGAAAGGAACUUUUGACCACUUGAAGAGCUUGUCGAGACUGUAAGUACAUGUUUAGGCAGUCGAAAGAAAAUAAUACCGUAAAUCCUCUAUUAAGCCCCCCCUCUCUAAUAAGUCCCCCCUAUCCCCCCUCUCUAUUAAGCCUCCCCCUUUCCCAAUCCUUAUUCUUCAAAGAAAAAGAAUUAACGAUUAACGUGGACUGAUCAGUUAUGGUUUGUUCAUAAAAAUUACCGAAGAACAUGAGGCCGAAAGCACAUUUUUGAAGAAUAAGAAUUUUGUUUUUGUUACUUUUAGGCUCUCACAAGUGAAUUAAAUACUUUUGACUGUGACUUUAAUUGUACAACGCGUUAGUCUACUCUGUCUCAUACCACGGUAGUUUUGCUACAGGUGAUGCGUUUCGCUAAAUUAAAUAAGCCCCCCCUCAAAAGUGCUUGAAAAAAAUAAGCCCCCCGGGAGCUUAAUAGAGGAUUUACGGUAUAUAGAUUUAGCCUAGGCCAAAAGCGAAGCGCUAGUGGGAUCUUAAAAGAAAUGUCUUCCUUCAGUAAUUCAUCUUUUGCAUUAGCACGAAGCAAACUGAACGCCUCCUGAAAAAAUGGACAUGAGCCUGCGAUAAAUUAAAAAUGGUCAGCGGGGAACUUUAAAAAAUCACGUCACCUCAAAGAGGUGGACACCUGAGACCGCGAUACAGUCAUAUGGCACUGAUCAGUGGAUGUUUUUUUGACAGCUGUCAGUAGUUUAAGACAGAUUGUAUAUGUUGUGGUUCAAUUUUAUCCUUGGUUUAAAUUAUUUUUUUAUUUAUUUAGGGUAUGGUAAUUUAUGAAAAUGAGUUUAAAACAAAGGGUAGGAAAAUUUGAAUUAAGGAUAAAAUUGAACCACUGCAUAUACACCUUGCCACCAAGCUAGUGAAUGUGACAUUUCACAUCCUCUAACAUGACGGGGUGGACGAACGUAUGUACGAACGGACGAUUUUUCACAACAAAAAAUUCUUGGAUGCAUAAUUACCAAAUUUUAUUAUCCAUGGUGAUCCGCUGCGUUUCGCUCAGGGAGAUGUAGUGAUUUUGCUCAUCGCAAAGAACAAUGCCUAUUUUGCAUUUCUUGAGAAGAGAAUUGAAAGGAAAACAACAUGAUAAAAAUGAUGUGCAUGAAAGACCUUUUCAUGGAUACUGAACACGUGACGUGGUUCUCUCCUCCACAGAGCUAGACUCCCGCUGGGUAUUCGCGAUGGACGACGGGAAGAGGCAGGAAAGGCGGGAGCCUCUCUUUCUCCUUCCAUCAUCCCCCGCGCGCUUUUUUCCCUCUCCCCAGCCUCCCUAGGACACAAAGAGGCCUCUGCGGAGAAAAAAGGUGACGUGCUGUCACCUUCGACAUAGAUCACAUGCACACUUAAGUUGCGCAAAAGCUAUAAGCGAGGCCGUCCCCCAAGUUACAGGUUUCUUAUCGUCUUCCAUUUACCUUCAGUCUAUGGGAUGUCCCAGAAGCUUAUCGUCAAUCUAUGCCUCCAAGUGACGUUGUAACGAAAGGGAGUGCGCUCCACUGUGACUGCAACGUACGCUGGCUAAAGGAAUGGUUACUGGACAAAAACUUGGGAGAUAUAACCUGUGCCAGCCCAGCCAAAGUGAAGGGUGUCUCGGUGACCAAGUUAAAAGAAAAACACCUCGUUUGUGGUAUGUUCUAUAAAUUAUCGUCACUGUCUUUAACCAGAAAAUAGGAAACUGCAGGCUUCUUUUGUUAUCUCUUACUUUUCUUUUGCGCGUUUCUUUCUUUCCUUUAAGAACCUCUUAAAGUGUCCGUAUACCCCAAGAAAACUCUUGUUCUUCUUGGACAAAAUGUUCAACUCCACUGCGAGUCAAAUACAGGUGCCACAUUUUCCUGGAUGUUAAACGGUACACUUUUAGAGACAGACCAAUAUCGCGUUUCCAAUCCCCUGGGGACGUUGACGCUUAAAGGCUUGGCCGAAGAGGACCUGGGAGAGUAUGUUUGUGUUGCUCAAAGUGAGGCAGGAUUUGCAGCAAGUCACGCCAUGGUUACUGCUGGAGGUGAGAAUUAGGCGGCCUAAGCUCAAGCUGUGAGUCAUUAUGGCGAUUUUUGCGAAUUUAAGGUCCUUCGGUUGUCCAUUCUGAAACCAAGGGACCUAAGACUCGCAAAAAUCCUCAAAUCUUGAAAGUACGGGUAAUACUGCAAGCAAUACACCAUGGAAUUAAGAUAAGGUUCCUUUAUCGAGAAUUUUAUAGAAUUUAUGUUUUCCAAAGCAUAUCGUAAAUAUCCACAUACAAAGUCAAACUCCUGUUUUUUCGACAUGAUUGCAACUCUAAUGAUUCACGGCUUUAGUCUGAGCCGCCUGUCUAGCUACAUGUUUCUCGUGAUAGACUCGUAAAAAAAAAUAGUGAAAGAAGAGUGGUUCAAUAUCUUAAAAACUUUAAAUAUUUAAUAGCGAAAUUAAACUUCAACCUUGACAAUCUUGGAUUCUGGAUUCUACGCUGUGGAUUCCGGAUUUCGGCUACUGGAUUCCGGAUGAUCAUUUUACCUUUCUGGGAAACUGCCCACCUACCCCUCCCCUAAGCCAACAUUUAGCCUUAAGUGAGAAGUAAGUAUUAAUGUUGGCUUAGGGGAGGGGUAGGUGGGCAGUUUCCCAGAAAGGUAUAAUGAUCCCGGAUUAUUUGCCACUGAAACUUGCCUUCCGUAUUCCAAUGGUCAGGAGGAUUCCGGAUUCCUAAAGCAAAAUUCCGGAUUCCACAAGCAAAAAUUUUCCGGAUUUACCUUGCAUGGGCUCAUACAACGAACCAUUCCUUGCGAACGCCUCAAAACGUUUUUUUAUUGUUUAAUGUUACAAAACGGAUCAGUUCGACCCCAGUUUACAACAUAUCCUGAACCUGUGGAUGCAACAGUGCCCCAAAAACCAGUAGUCUUCAAAUGUCAAGCUAGAGGGUCACCCGCGCCCGCGAUCAAAUGGUUCAAGGACGACCUCCUAAUUGUGGGCACCCCUGAAGAAUCACGCUUUCAUAUCACCAUGGAGGGAUCCUUGGUGUUUAUGGGAAAGAGGUACCAUAUCACAAGGGAGGGAUCCCUGGUGAUUUUUGAUCCUCGAGUUGAGGAUGAGGGAACAUACAAAUGCCAAGCCGAGAAUGCACUGGGACAAGUUUCCUAUGGAGUCAGCCUUUACGUUGAAAUGGGUAAGUUUUAAUUUGUUUUCUUAAGGAUGGUUAUUUAACAAGGUAAUUUUUUACUAAUUUGUCGAGCUUUGUGUUUGCCAUACUGUAUGGAUUUUUGCUGGUGAAGAUAAGGCUACUUGUCUCAUAAGGCUUUUUUCUCUUCGACAUUGUGAACUUGGGCAUGUCUAUAUCAACUUCGCGUUUCAUAUUCUACAAUAUACAUUUUCAAACGUAACCGUUACGUUAUAGAUUAUGACAAAACGUUUUAUACAAAAAUAAUUUAGGGGUCUGCAAAUAAGAUAAAGGAGACUUAAAAGUUAUUGUAUUAAACAACAGCUAAUUACUACGGUAAUGUAGGAGAUGCUCGUAAGGUCUUACCUGAUUUGUUCUUUAUCCAAUGGUAAUUCAUCGUUUACCAUGGUUUUCCGGUUUGGGUAGCAAACCAAUUGACUCCCAGCUUCCGAGCUACAUGACCAAUUAAUAAAGCUUCAGCUUCGGUGAACAGUUUUUCACUUUCUCAAAACCAGUUUGCGGUUUCCGCUUGUUAGGUGCUUUACUUCGUCGCUCGCAUCCGCUCUCUUCGCAAGCGUCCCUUCACAGUCGACUUGUGUUAAGUCUAAUGCUGGCAUUGAUAAAAGCUGCCCUACUAUCUUGUUUAUCUACUUUAUCUAAAAUUAUUGACUUACUAUGUCAUAUUUGUUCAGAUGACAAAUGCCAGCGAGGCUGCAACAAAGGAGGAGUUUGUACUGCAGUUCAGUAUGAGUGUAUCUGCACAAAAGGAUUUUACAAAAAAGGAGAUCAAUGUGUAGAAGGUAGAUUUUCCUAUAAAAAAUGUCUAUAUGUGAAGAAAACUACUAUGCUGUUUAGGACAACAGCUUCCGCAUGUGUUGAGUUGCACUUAAAGGAGUGCUUGCUCUCUACUCGGCGUAAAUGGUCGCCAAAUAAGGCUUUUACCGUGCAAUGGUCUGACGGCAAUACCGGCCAUACUGACGAUCCCUAACGAGGGCAAAACAACUGUCUAGCUGCAACUGCCCGAGUGAUAUGGCUGUGCGCAUGCGUGGGGUGUUAGCGUGGGCGUGGGUUUGCGUCGGUCCGUAUCACUUGCUUUAAGGUUGUUUAGGAAACUCUCCAGUAGCUGUAGGUCGGUGUGGUAAUUGGCGAUACGACAUUGAGCGUUUAUCUCACUCUGAAACACAAAGACCGGUCCCACUGGAAUACUGGAGAUUUGAAACAGAGAUGUAAAGUUUCUUCUACUCUGUCCAAUAUUUUUUUCAAAAUUCACAAUGAAUACGAGGGCUCGGUUGCAUCAAGCAAUGCGACUUAACAUUGAAUACGUAUUUCCUACAACUGUUUGCUUUGUGCCAAAGGAAUUUCUAUACUCGUUAGCGUCUUCGACAGAGUUAUCCGUGAAUCUGUCAAGAAAACCCUUACUCAUCCCCAACUCCUCGCACCGCCCCCUCCCCCCCUUAAAUAAUCCUGACAUGCAUGAAACAGGCUUCCCGUAAUAAGGAGGGAAAAAAGAUUGCGGGGAUUACAGUAGCAAAUUGCUGUUUCCACAUAUAUGGUGUUGCCUGACCGCCAACUUUCACUCCAUGUUCAAAGCUUAGGGUCCAAAAAAUAGUGAAACAGCAUAACCUGUUUUUCAACUCUAAAUUUUGAAAAACCUAGCCCUUUGGGCGCGCACAAACCCGCUUUGGCCAAAUGGGGGAGUCGCCUGCCAUCCUUCACACCUCACUGUCCUUUACUCGCUUUCGAUUGCAAGAGAGAAUUAUUUAUGACUUUGCGUUUUCAGUUUUCAUGUUUUUGGGGGAGGUUGCAUGAAACAUUAUAGUAAGCGAUAGGGCCUUUUACUCUGACAAACGAAGAGGAUCGAGAACAGACUUGUUGCUGAUGAUUUGCUACUCAAAAGGUUUUUCUUUUAUACAGAGAAAAAGAAAACUACUAAAAAGACAGGGGAAUUUGGUUCUGGCUCAGGAUCGGGAUCGGGAUCGGAACCUGAUAAAGGAUCCGGAUCUGGCUCGCAAACAGGGUCGGAAGGAAAAGAAAAAUCUGGAAUCGAAACAAGCGGAAGCCACAAAGAGAAACCAACAAAAUCAAUAAGCAAUGUUGGUAGCGGUGCCGGAGUGGAUCAGGAGGAGUCUGGUGAUGAGUCUCCAACAGAGCAAGGGUCUGGAAAGGAGAGUAGUGGUGGAUAUGCUGGGGGAGAGAGUGAUGAUGGGAGUUUUGAAACUUGGGAACCAGGUAAUCAAAUGAAAUGAAACUAACCGAGAGAAUACUGUGUUACACUGUAAGCGGAAACCAUAGUACCCUCAUUAUUGUCUACUUUUGAUAGGUACUCGCUGAAAACGGGUUCGUUUUACGAACCAGUGGCGGGUCCAGGGGAGGGGCCCGAGGGGCCCGGUCCCCCAAAUUUUUUGAGACCCCCCCCCCCCCCUAUCUUACGGUCUGGAUCUGCCACUGGAAACGGAACGGAAACGUUAGGGAACGCCUGACGCUAUAGUCUUCACCACGUGCACGGUGCCGAGGAUCUGCUUGAUUUGGGGUUUGGUUAAUAUAAGCUGGACUAUAUAGUCAGGGGCCUGCUAAUCUGUUGCGCGAGAAAUUAAUACAGUUACAUAAGGAGUCAGAAGGGUGCGGGAGGAGGAUGACACGCAAGAAAAGAGAGACCUUCCUUUCUAUUCCUGAGCUUCAUCCUUCUUCGCGAACGCCAUCUCAGACUCUUGUUACCUGGUUAUUUACUUGUUUAUUUAUUCAUUUUAACUCCAACUUGAUGUACUUUAUUGAGGGCCCUUGAUCAUGUGCCUCUAAGACUAUUAUUGUAUAAACCAUGUUUUAAUUUAGAGGCCAGUCUGCGUCAUCCUAUUAGAUGCUAAAAUUUCGCAGCACAGUAAAAACCGCUAAUAAGAACCUAAAAAUUUAAGAACCUGUUAGGCUAAAAUUUUCAUUUUAUUAACCCCCUUUUUAUAAGAACCUAUUUAGCCUAAAAUUUUUAAUAGGUUAUUAUUUUACAAAUGAAGGCACAGUUGAAAAUACAGAAAACAAUUUUUAGUCCAGGUUUCAGUCAGUAAAAUUCAAAGAAUGAACUAAAAUGAAAACCAUAUCAUGUCUUUGCCAACACAACAUUUUAUGGACACUGCAGCAUGCAUGAAAGACAUGCAUGCUUGUACUUUGGAAAGGUAAAUUCACUGUAUGGUUGUCAUGUAAACUGUAUUCUAGAUAAUCAUUUAAUACAGCGAUAACAGUAGCGAUAUAUUCCAUAUCCCAUAUGCCCUGUAGCAGUUAUCUGUGCUGAUCACUAAUGCGCCUAUCAAAUUAAGAACCUGUUUAAGAACCCAAGUAACCUAAAAUACCACUAAAUACCAUUUCUAUAAGAACCUAUUUACGCUAAGUUGGAAAACUCUAGGUUCUUAUAAUUCGCGGGUUUUUACUGUGUAACACAUGAACAAAACAAAAGGCGAAGAAUUUGGCUGAUAUCAAUGAUUGCAUCCAUUGACCAGUACGUUGGUAUAAUUUUUAAUGCUGAUAUAAGUUUGGAUGUUAUAAAAAGCAGCUUCCUUUUAACAUAUAUCUACGCUAUUGAUCUAUGUUCGUAGAGUUAGACAGGCCAUACACCCGUACAACCAGGGGAGGGGUAGGUGAGCAGUUUCCCAGAAACUUAAAUUGAUCCGUCAACUUAAUACAUAUCAUUCAACUUAAAAAAAAAUUAUAGUUUCCUCUCUAUAAAAUAAUUUAAGUAAGUUUUCUGUUUUUCAGGAAAGAAAAAAUCCAAGAAGUUUGGACGAGGACAAGCACAACCAAUAAACCCUCUUGAUGCCCCUCCAUCUUGAAAUGCUACAGAACAUCUCAACUUUAUUUUAUAGAAAAAAAAAACCUGUUUAGUUCUAUAUGUUCUAAAAAAACUGACGCCAGCAAGGUACUUUAGCAGCCCGUAGAUGUUUUUCCUCCAAGCGCGCUUUAGUUUUCACAGAUCUGGAACUGAAAAGCUCCAGUAAAUGACACCAGAUCUCCUUUUGUCUGCUGAUGGUCAAGGUUAUUAGCCUCUUUGCCUUUCGAUGUUGUAGAAAUAAGUAAAGUUAUAGUUUGCUGCUAUAUAGUCCUGGGAAAAUUAUAUGAAGUAUAGUCACAGUUAUAGCCAUGCAGAAGGAGAGUUACAAAGGAAACAAAUAAUAAGUGUGGACUGUCGUUUUCCUAGGCUUUUUUCUUUCACGCUUUGCCGGAUAGCGUUCGUGUCGUCUCGUAAACCGCACCUUUUGUUUAUUUAUUCAAACUCGAAACAAUAUUUUUGUCACCAGCUUUUAGCUGUCGCACCCUUGCGACGCUCGUAAAUAUUUUGGCCCGCGCUGGUCUUCAAGUCGCGUUGUGUACGUACCCGCCGUGGUCGAUUUCUGUGCGACACAAAGAUGGAUCCGGUGUAACCAUAGAAUAACGUGAGAAUUCUUUAAGGAAAUCCUUCAUUUGUUUUUGCGCACGCGUACUUUGCAUCAUAGGAAGGUUUAAGAGGCCUGGGUUCUAUGGGAGGAUGGUACGGCUUCUAAAUUCAGGAGUUUUGGGGACCGCUUAUAACUGUAAGGUGAUUCCCUGGUUUUGCACUGCGCAUAACAAGAUGGCCUCCGUAAAAAAGAGCAUGUGAAGUAACAUUAUUACAAUGAAGUUGACCGAAGAGAAACGCUAUUGCAAUUUUUGCUUGCGGUUGUUUCUUGCCGAGGUGAGACUCAGUGUAGUGGGAAUGUGCAUAACGUAAGCAAGACGCGUGUUGCUUAGUUCGACUUCCUCACGGAGAACCUCGAUAGUGGAAGUUCACUUUGAUUUUCAUUUAAACGCUUUCUUUAUCACAUUGUGUCCUAAAUGUGACAUCUCGAUGUAAAUUCUGUAAAAACGGAAUUUUAAUACUUUCUUCCCCCUUUCGCAUACAUUCUAUUUUGAAACUCGCCCCAGUCCUCUCUCAAAAAUCAAGGAAAAUGCAUUUGGUGCACACUU